AUGGCGGACUCCCCGCAGGCCCCGCGUCCGUCCUGGGUCCGAGCGCGCAAGGCGCGGCCGCCCGCCUCGCUGGCCCGGGGCCGCCGCGGCCGGCUCGGGGCGCAGCGCGGGGGCAAGCGGCUGAAGCGGCGGCUGCUGCAGGCGCAGGCGGCGGGCGAGGCGUGGCGGGAGGGCGCGCGCGAGGUGCGGAAGCCCGGCAAGGCCGCGGCCCGGCGCCCGCCCAGCCUCGGCCCCGACCCGGACCCCGACCCCGGCCCCGAUCCCGACCCCGGCCCCGAUCCCGGCCCCCGCCCCGGCCCGGACGCCACCCCGGGCCCCGCACGCGGCUCCAAGGCGGCCUGGCACAUCGCCGGUAACCUGCGCACCGUGGGCCCGGGCCGCGUCCUCAUGGUGCUGGCCGUCGAGAAGGGCCUUACUUUCAGCGGCUACUGCCGGGUGACCUGCCUCUAUGGCCAGGUACAGGUGCUGGGUUUCACCAUCAGCGCAGGCCAGCCCGCCCAGGACCUGUUCUCCUCCUACACUCACUCCCGCCUGUGCAUCGAAGCCGUCCAUUACUUCGUGCCAGAGAAAUGCAAGAAAGAGAUCAGAAAGGACGUUCGACUCUCGCUUAAACCUCACGUCAAACUGGAGGACAGAAAUUGGGUGAUAAGCAAAUUCUCCCCAUUGUGUUCUGUCAUCUUGCUGGAACGCCUGCAAAACGCCACAGUGAACUACAUACUCAGCCACCCAGGCCUGUCCUCGAUCUUCUUCCAAGAGUCAACCUCCCAGGCUGUCUAUGAGCAUCCAGAAUUGAAGGACACGGGCAUCAAGAGUGACAAGCUUAAGAACGGCUUGCGCCUGACCGAGAGCGCCCUCUCCGCCUUGGAGGAGCUGGUCAACGACUCCUGUGAAGAGGUGGAUGGCUGCUCAGUCAUCCUGGUGUGCGGGCAUCAGGACGUGGGGAAGUCGACGUUCACCAGGUACCUCAUCAACCAGCUCCUCAACAGUCUCCCUUGUGUUGACUACCUGGAGUGUGACCUGGGACAGACGGAAUUUACCCCUCCGGGCUGCAUUUCUUUACUGAACAUCACAGAACCCGUUCUAGGGCCCCCUUUCAUGCACCAGAGGACCCCCCAGAAGAUGGUGUACCUGGGUCAGCCGACAUGUAAGGACAGCUGUGAGAACUUCAUUGAGGCGGUGAAAUUUGUCUUCGGAGCCUACAGGAGAGAAGCACCGCUGAUCAUCAAUACCAUGGGCUGGGUGACAGGCCAAGGGCUGAAGCUGCUCGUCGACCUCAUCCGCCUGCUGGCACCCAGCCACGUGGUGCAGUUGCAGUCGAACCACAGCCCGUACAUGCCCAACCUCACGGCCAGCGACGUGGACGUCAUGGACGGGCUGUAUACCAGGAGAAAGGUCCUGGCCCGUGACCGAGGCUUCCAGCUGCCCAAGUUCCCCGACGCGGAGCUCACGGACGAGGAGCAGGAGGGCUCUGGCCCCGUCAUCUUCGCCAACCACAAGCUGCUAAUCGUUCAGACCAAGUUCCUGUUCAGGAAAACUGACCGUAACAGAGAGCAGCAUAACAAGGUCCUACGGGACUUGGCUGUGCUGGGCUACCUGGGCCUGCUGCAACCGCCUGUGCCGAAGCCGCUCUGCCCCUUGCAAGGCCUCACCCCCUACCAGGUCCCCUUCAAUGCGGUGGCUCUUCGGGUCCUCCACGCUGAUGUGGCGCCCACCCACAUUCUGUACGCGGUGAACGCCAGCUGGCUAGGCCUGUGCCACAUCGUGGACGAGGUGCGGGGUGACACGCACGGGCCCAUCCUGCUGGCCCAGACCCCGCUCUGCGACUGCCUGGGCUUUGGGAUCUGCCGGGGGAUUGACAUGGAGAAGAAGCUCUACCACAUCCUCACCCCCAUACUCCCAGAGAAGCUGCGCACCGUCAACUGCUUGCUGCUGGGUGCCAUAUCCAUCCCGCAUUUUGUCUUCCAGAUCCAGCGAGGCCCGGAAGGCACCAUCCCCUACGUCACCACUGACUACAACCUCAAACUCCCGGGUGCCAUGGAGAAAAUCAGGUCUCGAGAAAUGGAGGAUAUGGCGAAAGAGAAACUGCCCCCUAGAGCAAGGCUCUACAGGAAAAGAUCACUGAGGGGAAAACUUCCUAACCAGCGCUGAGUAGGGGUCCCCCCAAUCCCGUGCCCAUGCUGGUGGCCCCAGCAGGGGUGACAGCAACACAGAGACUGCACUGCACUGCCCCCUGAAAAUUGGGACUCAGUGUUUCUCCAGCCCCUGAGCGGAUGGGUGCUCCCAAGUGCUGUCUUCUUUUCUGACUCGAUGAAGUGACGGGGAACCUUGUUUGCCGCUCACACAGAGGGACCAAGAAGGACCCAGAGGGGGCUCAGAAGGCCUGGAUCAGAGUGGCGAGCUGCUGACCCCCAACUGUUCGUUUUAAAAACACCUGGCUAGGGCCGAAGAGAUAGCACAGCGGUAGGGCAUUUGCCUCGCACGAUCCAGUAUGGAUGGUGGUUCGAAUCCCGGCAACCUAUAUGGUCCCCCGAGCCUGCCAGGAGUGAUUUCUGAGCACAGAGCCAGGAGUAACUCCUGAGCGCAGCCGGGUGUGACCCAAAAACCAAAAAUAAAAGCAU